AUGGCUGAAGACUCCUCAAUUCCAGAUGCGAAAGGACGGCAAGCUUCCGCGAGCGUGGCAGCAGAAGGCCUGGCUAGCGAAGAUGAUGCCGCAAUGCUCGGUCAGUGUGCUGUCUACGCCUGCCUUCAACACGCCGUACUAAGAAUGCCUUAGCCAAGCUUGGAUACAAGCAAGAAUUGCGUAGGAACUUCACCAUGAUAGAAGUGUUCGGGCUCUCAUUCUCCAUCAUGGGCCUUCUACCAUCGAUUGCUAGCACGCUUACCUAUUCGAUUCCCGCGGGCCCUGGAGGUAUGGUCUGGAGCUGGUUCCUUGCCAGCAUGUUCAUUUUCUUUGUAGGACUUGCAAUGGCAGAUCUUGGAAGUGCGAUGCCGACGUCCGGAGGUUUGUACUGGUGGACCCACUACUUCAGCAGCCCGAAGACACGAAAUGCCCUCUCUUUCUUGGUCGGCUACAGCAAUACACUUGGGCUGGUCGGCGGCCUGUGUUCGAUCGACUACGGGUUCUCGUUGAUGCUUCUGAGUGUGCCAACGAUCGCUACUGACGGCCGAUGGAGCCCAUCUGAUGGUGUGAUCUAUGCCGUAUUCCUAGUCUGUGUGCUCCUGCACGGCAGUCUGGCGAGCACUCUUGGCAAGAUCAUGGGGAAACUGCAGACCGUUUUCGUCAUUCUCAACUUCGUCCUAAUACUUGCAACUAUCAUAGCCCUGCCCAUUGGACGCGCUUCUCAAAGGAACGAUGGCCGCUUCAUCUUCGCGGAGAUUGACAACCUCACUACUUGGCCCAAGGGCUGGACUUUCAUGCUAGCAUGGCUCAGUCCCAUCUGGACGAUUGGCGGCUUCGACAGCUGCGUACACAUGGCCGAAGAGGCCGCGAACGCUACCAGAGCCGUGCCAUACGGGAUCAUCAUGUCUAUUGGGAGCUGCUGGAUCUUCGGAUUUAUCAUACUCAUUGUCAUCGCGGCUUGCAUGAGUACCGAUCUGGACAGUAUUUUGAACUCCCCGUUUGGGCAACCGAUGGCGCAGAUCUACUAUGAUGCUCUUGGAAAGUCUGGUGCAAUUGGUCUGAUGACUCUGCUCUUCAUUGUGCAAUUUCUCAUGGGCCUCAGCAUCCUAGUCGCCGCUUCACGCCAGAGCUGGGCAUUUAGCCGAGACGGUGCUCUGCCGUUCUCUAAAUUCUUCCGCGUGAUUAGCCAGAGAAUGGGAUACAUUCCACUUCGCGCAGUCUGGGGAUGCGUGCUCGUAGCCGCCGUUCUUGGUCUGCUUUCCCUCAUUGCCCCAGCUGCAGCCCAGGCGCUCUUCUCGCUCGCCGUCGCCGGCAAUAACGUGGCAUGGGGUAUACCUAUCUUUGCGCGAGUCGUCUGGGGCCAGAAGAAGUUUAAACCCGGACCAUUCUACACCGGCCGCUUCAGCAUUGCUAUUGCGUGGAUAGCCAUAGUAUUCAUUGUUUUCGGGACUACACUGGCGAUGUUUCCCGUUGACGGGCCGACCCCAACUGCAGAUACGAUGAAUUAUACGGUGGUGAUUAACGGAGCCGUCUGGGGAGGUGCGCUACUUUACUACUUUGAGGAAAUGGUGAGUUACAUAUGCGUUCGUCCGAAAGCUUGCUCCACGACAGGAGAGCUUACAUGUGAUAGGUUUACCGGACCGAAGAUCACGCUCAGCCUGGAUGGCUUGAGCGAAAGUCAGGAGCGAGCUCUUGCAGAUGAGAGGCUGGAUGUUCAGAGAGUGCAGCGGGAUGAACUGGACCCUGCACAGCUGCCUAAGUCAAUCGAUGCUUAG